UAUAAUCGUUUAAAGCGUUUUAACGAACGCAGCCCUUCGCUUCGAGAAUUAACAGGAUAUUUAAAGCUGUUAAGUAAAUUAUUGCCGAAAGCAACAGUGUCAUGCUUUAUAUAUGUUGUCACAAAUUAAAGGCAUUUUGUUUGGAUUACAGAAACGGUCUUAUUUUGUAGCCCGCAUUUUGAAUCGGUUUAUCAAAAACGGUGCUUUUCGAAACCGAGUCAACUGAAUCAGUUGCUUCAUAAAACGAUUCGCUGUUUUGAAUCACUCGAAUCAGCGCGCGCUGACGACACGUGCUGCUCAAAACAAACAUGUCAUAAAACUUUCUCAGACCACGUGCCAAUGUUUUUAUGAGAGUGGAACCUAUUAAAUGGAAAAAGUGUCCAAACAAACAGGAAAAAAACUCAGUUGAGUUUGACGCGGCACGCUGUUAUGAAGAUGGCGUUUAUUAAAGAGGAGAGUGAAGACCUGAAGAUCGAAGAAACGUUCAGAGUCAAACAUGAAGAAACCGAGGAACACAUAAAGACGGUGUUUAUUAAAGAGGAGAAAGAAGACGUGAAGAUCGAAGAAGAGUUCAGAGUCAAGCGUGAAGAUCAAACAGACCCGACGACACUGAAAGAGGAGAGUCAAGAAUGUGACUCCAAACCCGGAGAAGAAGCGUUUAGUUCCUCGCAGACUGAAACGACCACCUCGCAAAAACGAGCUCGGACAAACCCAGCCACCAAGCUUGAAUCCCGUGUGGGGGUCCCUUCCGGAAGGAGCUCCCUCACCUGCCGACGGCGCGGAGGAACGCUUCGGGAAAAAGCAAGCCUCAAAGUCCACGAAAAGAAGCCGAUCGCGUGCGCUCAGUGCGGGAAGUGUUUCACGCAGAAAAAAAACCUCAACGCCCACAUGCGAAUCCACACCGGAGAGAGGCCUUUCACCUGCGAGCUGUGCGGGAAGAGUUUUAUGCGAAACGGGGGACUCAAGAUUCACGCGAGAACUCACGGCGAAGACAAGCCGUUCAAGUGUUGCCGGUGCGACAAGAGCUUCGCGCUGAAAAAACUCCUCGACGCCCACACGAAGGUUCACACGGGACAGAGGCCUUUCGUCUGCCAGCAGUGCGGGAAGAGCUUCGGCCUCAAGGGGAACCUUCAGACUCACACGAAAAUUCACACCGGAGAGAAUCUCUUCGAGUGCGUUCAGUGCGGGAAGGCUUUUGUGCAGAAAAAGCAACUCCGGUCCCACGUGAGCGUUCACACCGGAGAGAAACCGUUCGCUUGCGACCGGUGCGGAGUGGGGUUCAGAUAUAAAGAAAGCCUCAAUUAUCACGCCAGGGUUCAUUCGAGAGAGAAGGCCUUAGUGCGAUUAGACAGCUAGCUUUUUCCUUUUAGCACGGAUGUUCAAGACUCUACGCUGCGUUCAAAUUCAUGACUGACUAUUUAAAUUAUUUGUAACUUAUGUAUAACUUUUAUACUUCACCAAAAAGUAGUUACUUUCAAAUGUUGAUUGGCUCUACUUUUGAUUCCUCUAAAGCAAAAUAUCACCCAAACUUCUAUCUUUGUGUCUGCCGACGAUGGGUGCUCUUUAGCUUAUCAUUUAGUUAGAGGGGUCGUGUGGUGUUGCUGAAAAGAACGUUAUUUUGUGCAUAAUGCAAAGUGUUUGUGGUUUAAGUAAAAAAAACUAACAAAACAUGCUGUACAUUGUUUCUCGUCUAAGCCCUGUCUUCUGAAACGGGUCGAUUUCUACACAGCUAACUGUUCCAAAAAAUGAGGUGUGCUCUGAUUGGACAGAUAUCCAGUGUGUUGUGAUUGGCCGAAUACACACACACACACAUAUAUAGAUAGAUAUACACAAUUUAAUAUUAACAUCGCCACACUAGCACCCGUUGGUGUGUAUCUACUCAAACGUACAACAAAAAUUUGACUCCAAUGUCUUCCACCCCUUCCACCAUCUAGGAUCCUGAGUAGUUGCUUUCAACAGGAUUUGUUUCCUGUGCUUCUGCUUUAAAUUCAUCAUCCAAGAAAGAGAUUAUUCAGACAGCACCUGAAAAACCAGACUGGUUUAACUCUAGGGGAGAUGGAAGAUUAACCUGUGUUUGAAAAUAUUGGAGUGGUCCUUUCAGAAACGGUUAGAUGCGUGGUGGUUUAACAGAUUCAUGCAUUUCUUAUAUUAGCCUUAAAGGAACACACAAAUCCAGACUGAGCAGACGGUUCACCUUCCAACAGGACAGUGACCCUAAUCCCACAGCAAGAGUCGCUUAAAGACGACUCCCGUGAAUGUUCUUGAGGGACCCAGCCACUGCCUGGGAUUAAACCCAAUCAGAUGUUUUCUGGAGAAACCUGAACAUGUGCAUCUGCCCGUAUCCAACCGGACCGAGCUAAACCGGACUAAAGCAGAUUAACUUAAGGCAGCAACGUAAAAUAUAAAAGAAAAUAAAUAAAGGGGUAUGAAUACUAUUGCAGCUACAAGGUCAUUUGUAUCGUUGUACUUAAUGGUCUCUGAGGGCGAAGUCUCCCUAAAGAUGAAAUCCUCGAACCGCCCCUGCUUGAGUCAAAUGGGUGUUUGGUCCUUACAUAAAGACUCGGCAUUGAUAUUUUAUAUACCAAUGAUUUACGAUGAAAGGUAAUGGUAUGAAUGGUAUUUAUCAUUAUUUCACAUAAAAAGAGAACUUGUGAUGUAUACAUUCGUACUUCAUUUAUUUGUCGAUGACUGGAAUGCACAAAACAACUCCAAAGGACUUCCAAACGAGUACAAAUA